GAUGACCUAAUGGAACUUAAUUUACGAGUUGUGCUGUCUUGGCUCCUGGUGCUGCACUGUGGUUCCACUGAAGGUAGUAUCCUGUACCGGGUCCAGGAGGAGCAGCCUCCCAACACUCUUAUUGGUAGCCUGGCAGCAGACCAGGGCCUGCCAGACUCGGGUCAUCUCUACAAGCUAGAGGUUGGUGCCCCUUAUCUUCGUGUCGAUGGAAAGACGGGAGAUAUUUUCACCACAGAGAUUCCCAUAGACAGAGAGACCCUAAGGGACUGCCGGUCCCUUGUUAAGGGCAAACCAUGUUACCUGGAAUUUGAAGUAUCAGUGACAGAUCUGAUACAAAAUCAGAGCCCACGACUCAUUGAAGGACGCAUUGAGGUACAGGACAUCAAUGACAACACCCCGCAAUUUCCGUCUUCUGUGCUCACCAUCUCUGUCCCUGAGAACACAAUCAUGGGGGCACUAUUCUCCAUACCUCUAGCUACAGACAGGGAUACAGACAGGAAUGGUGUGAGUGAUUAUGCCCUGACUGCAGGGCCCGACGCAGCAACCCUAUUUGGUUUACAAGUGGCUGACGACAGGGGUGGAAAGCUCCCACAACUCAUUGUCCUUGGCAACCUAGAUCGUGAGUUAAAGGAUUCCUAUGACCUCACCAUCAAAGCAGUGGAUGGAGGAAACCCACAGCGCUACAGCAGUGCUUUGCUGAGAGUGGUAGUUACCGAUGCCAAUGAUAACUCACCCAAGUUUGAAAAGUCCACGUAUGAGGCGGAAGUGUCUGAAAAUAGUCCAGUCGGGCACUCUGUGUUGCAGGUCAAAGCAAAUGACUCUGACAUGGGCCCUAAUGGAGAAAUUGAGUACACCCUUCACCAAGCAGUAGACCCAGUGCCGAAACUCUUACGAAUUGAUCGGUCCACUGGCAUUAUCUACGUCAAAGGACCACUUGACAGAGAAGAAAUCAGCAGCCUGUCCUUCUAUGUGGUGGCGAGGGAUAAGGGUCCUCAAUCCAAAAGCUCGAAUACAUUUGUAACCAUUGAGGUGACUGACCAAAAUGACAAUGCUCCAGCAGUGGAAAUUCGUGGGAUUGGUCUUGUGACUCAUAGUGAAGGAGUGGCUAACAUUUCAGAAGACAUGCCAGUGGGAACAGCCGUUGCUUUGGUGCAAGUGUCGGACAAGGAUGAGGGAGAGAAUGCCGUGGUCACUUGUGUGGUAGCAGGAGAUGUGCCCUUCCAACUCCGCCCUGCCAGCGACUCAACCACUGACAACAAGAGGAAAUAUUUCCUACAGACCACCACUCCUCUCGACUUUGAAAGAGUUAGGGAUUACCGAGUAGAAAUCGUGGCUGUGGAUUCUGGAAAUCCAGCACUCUCUAGUACAAACUCUUUGAAGGUGCAGGUGACUGACGUGAACGACAACUCACCAAUAUUCUCUCCAACCUUGUUUGAGGUAGAAUUUGCAGAAGAAAACCAACCAGGAGAGAAGGUUUUGGAUGUUACAGCUUCCGAUGCUGACAGUGGCACCAAUGCAGAACUUCUCUAUAAUAUUGUGGGAGACUCAUCCAUCAAAGGUCUUUUUGAGAUUGACCCAAAUACUGGAGAAGUCAGAGCCCGAAGCCCACUUGAUCGUGAGCAGAAGGAACGGUAUGAGUUCCGGGUCACCGCAGCAGAUAAAGGGUCACCUGUUCACAAAGGAACAGCAACUGUUGUAAUAAAAGUCAUCGACCGCAAUGACAAUGACCCCAAGUUCAUGCUUAGCGGCUACAGUUUUUCAGUUUUGGAAAACAUGCCUCCCCUCAGUCCAGUUGGCAUGGUGACAGUCUUGGAUGUGGACAAAGGGGAGAACGCUCGGGUUCACUUGUCUGUAGAGCCUGACGGAGGAAAGUUUGUUGUUCAAAAUGGGACAGGCACCAUUCUCUCUAGCAUCUCAUUUGACAGAGAAAAAGAAAGCAGCUACACUUUCCGACUUAAAGCAGUGGAUGGAGGGGAGCCACCCAGGUCUUCAUAUGUGGGUGUUACCAUCAAUGUAUUGGAUGAAAAUGACAACGAUCCUGUGGUCACCAAGCCGUCCAAUUCCUCCUUCAGACAGUUGUCACCUCUAGCUUCCCCAGAUAGUCAUGUGGAGAUAGUCGAAGCUGAAGACCUAGACAGUGGGCCUAAUGCAGAGCUGGUCUUCAGUAUUGCUGGUGGAAACCCUUACCAGUUAUUCCGCAUCUCCCCCACCAGUGGAGAGAUCACUCUAGCAAAGGAAAUGACCCGAAAACAUGGUGGACUGCAUCGCCUAGUGGUACGAGUGAGUGACAGAGGGAAACCUGCACGUCAUGCCACUGCCCUGGUCCACAUCUAUGUCAAUGAAACCAUUUCAAAUGUCAGCUUAGUGGAAGCCCUAGUUGGGCACAGUCUUUACACUCCACUGGACAGGGACAUUGCAGGUGAUCCUGACAAUGGUUUUGCUGCACAGCGCAGUAACAUUUUGUUUGGAAGCCUUGCUGGUGUAGCAGGUGUUGUCAUGCUGAUCUUGGUGGUGGUAUUUAUUCGACACCGCAUCCAGAGAGAAACUAAGAGUGGGUAUCAGGCUGGCAAAAAAGAAACAAAGGACUUAUAUGCACCCAAACAGGCACCAAAGAAUGCCAAAGGCAAACGAGGAAGGAAGGGAAAACCUCAGAAAUCUCCAAAACCACUCGGGGAAGAGGAGGAGGUCAGCCUUCAAAAGAGUCUUAAGUUCAACCUUGAUGGAGUCCAUGAUAGCCCCAGGAUACAUCUGCCCUUAACCUAUUCGCCAGGAAGCCCUGAUAUAAGCAGGCACUACCGCUCCAACUCCCCCUUACCCUCCAUUCAGCUGCAGGCCCAAUCCCCCUCCGCCUCACAGAAACACCAGGCUGUCCAGGACCUUCCUGCCGCCAACACCUUCGUAGGAACGGGAGGAGAUGACAACUCCACUGGCUCAGACCAGUACUCAGAUUACAGCUACAAGACCAGCCAGCCGAAGUACAACAAACAGCAUCCCCAUCGGCGAGUGACCUUCUCCACCACCAACCCUGUGCAAGACCUGCAGGAUGCCUCUCAGCACAGCUACUAUGACAGUGGCUUGGAGGAAUCAGAGACCCCCAGCAGCAAGUCAUCUUCUGGUCCUCGCAUCGGACCCCUGACCCUGCCUGAGGACCACUAUGAGAGAACCACUCCAGAUGGCAGCAUUGGAGAGACUGAACACCCUGAAAAUGACAUCCGUUCUCUCCCUGAUGUGGCAAUGACCGGAAACUGUACAACCGAGUGCAGCGAAUUGGGCCACUCGGAUGCCUGCUGGAUGCCCGGGCAUCCCUCCCCUGUACGCAAGACCAGGAACCCCCCGAAACUCUCCACCUUCGUGCCUUACCAGGAGAGAGGGAGCCUGGGACGCCUGGCCAACGGGAGCGCCAGGCUGGGUGGCGAGGAGCACCGGUCGCGCCUUCCACCCUCCCGCAGUGCCUAUUCCAGCAGUGGUCAUGAUGCCAAUCAGGACUGCCCCUUAGAGGAGAUGCCCCUGAGCGUUGCCUCUGAGUAUCCACCCACCUCCCCUUCUGGCCACACUCCCAAAAGGGAAAUCUAUCUGUGA